AUGUAUGGUAAAUGUUUUCGUGAAUGGUUUGAAAAUGUUUUACCUAGACUCAAACACAAUGCAGUUAUUGUCAUGGACAACACUCUUUAUCGGUCCAUGCAAAAGGACAAAUACUCAACAAAAAAUACAACGAAAGCUGAUAUUAUUAAUUGGUUUGAAAGUAAAGGAGACAUUGUAGAUACUUCUAUGGUUACUGAAGAGCUAUUUCAAAUUGUCAAUACACUGAAGCCAAUUUACGAAAAAUAUGCAGAUGAAACAGUCAAGACACAUAAUAUACAUAUACUUAGUUUACCACCAUAUCAUCGCGAGCUCAAUCCAAUUGAGCUUAUAUGGUCUGCCAUAAAAAAUUUUGUCAGAAUGGAUAAUUCAACUUUAAAGAUUCGUGAUGUCAAACGACUAUCAAUUGAAGGCGUCCAAAGAGUAAAUUCGGACUUGUGGAAAAAUUGUAUCGAAUAUGCAGUUGGCGAGGAAGAAAAAUUAUGGAACAUGGACUUCAUGAUUGAUGAGUUUAUGACCGAUGAGAACCAUGUAUUUUGA